UUUCUGAUGCACGAGUUGAAAUAUUUCGGCCAAAUGAGGUCUAAAUUGGGUAAUGUCUCUGGAAAAAGUGUAUUUUAAUGCGCGAUUUGAUGACGUAAUGGCGAUGGUCAAACUCGACAUGGCGAGCUUUCACGGGCCUAUUUGAAGUGAUUACCUAGCUAACGUUAACGGGAUUCUGUAUCAUAAAGCGUUGGUAUGAUUAGAUACACAUUAUGAUUAUAUGUUGAUCGUUAAGUUUGAUUUUGCGUUCUGAAUUAUAGCCAGAGUAGAGCUAGAGGCCUUCCGCUGUAACUAAGCUAUUUAGCUAGCGUUUGAGAGUAUCAAAACCGUGAUGUAUCAUGGGUAAAUUAACUGACGAACUAACCUACAAAUAAUAUUGAGUAGUUAUUUACGAACCAAGGUGAUUUGUAGAUCUGCCUCGCCUUUUAAAGUAUACUGCAAUGUCGAUCGCGCCCACCGUCUUCCAUUGCCAUUGGCCAACUUAAUACGAUUAUCUUUGCUGUCAAACGCAUGAUUGGCUGAAUUCGACCUCUUUCCUUUGCAUUGAUACUAUUAUAUUGGAUAAUACAUGACGCGUUUUCCCCUCCUCGAACAUCCUUACGAUAGCACAGACCACCAUGAAGUUUCGGGAAUCCUUGGGACGUGGUUAGGUAGCUAAGUGGUUAGGUAGCUAAGUGGUUAGGGUAUGGACGUCCCAAGGACCCCAGAUAUAAUUGAUGUAAUUUUGAGAAAUCAGUCCGACAUAGCGUUUUUUUCCCUUCACAUAAACCCACAUUGGCAGAUAAUGAUGAACAUAUACUCAGUAGGCUACAAAAUGCCCAAUGAUAAAAUGUUAUUGAAAUCAAAAUGUUAAUAUCACAGUACAGUCCAUCAUGCUGUGAGCAUGUUGGUCAUAUUUAACAAACGUGUUUUCCCACAUGUAACUGUACAGACACAGACCAUUACUGGUGAUGUAAUCAUCUGUACAGUGUGCCAUCUUUGCAUGGAUUUCUUCCUUGUGCCUAGGUGAGGGGCUGAGCCAUGGCAGACGAGGUGGAUUGUGGCAGUGAGUUCCCAGCCCUCUAUAAAGUCAUGCUGGACAAACUGAACGAACAGAGACAGUUGGACCAGUUCACAGAUAUCACUCUCAUAGUGGAUGGGCACCAGUUCAGGGCUCAUAAGGCAGUGUUGGCAGCAUGCAGUCAGUUUUUCCACAAAUUCUUCCAGGACUUCACACAAGAGCCACUAGUGGAGAUUGAAGGAGUGAGUAACUCAGCCUUCCGCCAGCUGAUGGAGUUUACGUACACGGCUACACUUGCCGUCAAUGGGCCAGAGGAGGUCAAUGACGUGUGGAAGGCAGCAGAGUACCUCCAGAUGCAGGAGGCCAUCAAGGCCCUCACCAUCAGGAUGAGUGAUGGCACUCCCGUCAGUCCGGCCCAGGACCAGGCCCUGGCGGCGGGGAAGAGCGAGAGCGAAAAGAGGAAGACAGCGGAGACUUUUAGCGGGAUCGCGGAGACUCUUCCGUCAGUGGUGGGGGAGCAGGUGGAGAUUGAGGUGGAGAUCGGGGAGGGGGCCAUCGAGGUGGAGGAGACUGCUAUGGAGGAGGAGGUGGUGGAUGCUGCUCGGAACGCCCAGGCUGCCUCGGACGACUCGGCCCUGGCACUGCUCGCUGACAUCACCAGCAAGUACCAGCAGAGGGGGCCAAUGCUGCACGUGCUGAAGAAGGAAGGACUGGAGGAGGUGAACGAAGCACUCGGCCUCUCUAAUGCGCAUGAGAUCCAGGAGGUGGUGUCUCAGGAGGAGACAGUGACAGCUCCCAAGACUCUUGAGGGCCUGGAGGUGGUCGAGGUCCAGAUCUCUCAGCUGGACAAGAUGUUCCGCUGCAACAAAUGUGACCGCAGCUUCCGCCUCUACUACCACCUCAAACAGCACAUGCGCGCGCACGUGGCCGCCCUGGACAAGCCGCAUGUGUGUUGCCACUGCGGUAAGGCGUACAUGCGGGAGGCGGCGCUGAAGCAGCACCUGAACACGUUACAUUACGAGGCAGAGGAGCUGUCGCGCAGCCAGUCCCAGAAGAAGAAGAUGCACCUGUGUGAUUACUGUGACAAGCAGUUUGACCACUUUGGACACUUCAAGGAGCACUUACGUAAACACACCGGUGAGAAGCCGUUUGAGUGUCCAGACUGCCAUGAGCGCUUUGCCAGGAACAGCACAUUGAAAUGUCACAUGGCUGCCUGUCAAAACGGCGUCGGGGCCAAGAAGGGACGCAAAAAAGUCUACGAAUGUCAGGUGUGCAGCAGUGUGUUCAACAGCUGGGACCUUUUUAAAGACCACCUGACGACCCACACAGGAGAAAAGCCCAACCACUGCACCAUGUGUGACAUCUGGUUCACCCAGCCCCACGACCUGCGACGACACCUCCGCGAACUGCACAGUGUCACAGACGACACACUAAUGACCCAGGAACUGGACAUCGGUGCCAUGGCAACGCAAGAGGAAGUGGCCGGGGAGGAGGACGAGGAGGGAGACGAGAGAGAGACCCUCUUACUGGAGGACGGGAUGAGGGUGGAGCAUGUUACCGUGGAGCCCGUAGACGUGGUAGUCAUGGACGAAACGGACAUGGUGGUGGAAGAGGUGACGGAGAUGUGCGAGGAGGACGUGCAGAGACUGAAGGAGGCAGGAGUGGAGAUCCGGGUGGUGCAGGUGUCAGCGGCGGGGCAGGUGAACUCUGAGAUCCAGGUGGAGGAGGAAUCACAACAGACUGUGGAUGUAUGAAGUGGAGCUCCAUCUAAAAUCGUACCCUGUUACCCAUAAAUACAGUACCUUGGCUUUGACCAGAAGUAGUGCACUGUAUGAGGAAAGGGGUUUUAUUUGAGAUGUGCCUGCUGGUUAUGGUCAAACUGGAAAAGCUCCACCUCCUCACCCUGUUGACUAAUAGGGUAACGGACAGAGACAAGUAUUUGAAGUUGCUCACAUUUUUAGAUAUUUUUUUUAGAACCUGCUCUCAGCAUGUUUCUGUCUUCUCUAUGUGUGUCUGAGAUAUACCUGCUGAAUGCACUUACACUGACCCUGUUCAAGGUUUUGUCACAGACCGAUCAAAAGCUUUCUUUAUUUUCUUGCUUUCUUUGUUUUUUUAAAAACAUUUUAGCAUGUACAUUUGAGAUGAUCAAAAAUUCAUUUGUCAAGACGGUAUGCGAUCCGUGACGGUCCCUACUCCGUUGAAUGGUUUCACUAGCAGACGCCAGUUAUUGAUUGGAAUGCACAGUCUGUUUCACUGUCAUACAGCUGCAGACAUAUUAAGGAUGUGCCUCACUGCUGUUGCCCAGUUGGAAUCCAUCUGAAGCACAGAUCUGUUGAUAAAUCUUUCAGCACUUGACUAAAGAGCAUGUUUUUGAUGGUGCGCAUGUCCUAACUGAUGGGGGAAAUGCUUUAAUAUUUGAAUAAAAAGAUAAUUGCUGUUA